GACCAGACACGGAACGGUACGGUCGCCACUUCGAAGAGCAGGAGCAGCGCGAAAGGUUUCCACCUCAAGUACACGGCGCACGGCAGCGGUAACAGUUAUUACAAACUUCAAUUACCACCGUCGUCCUCGGCGGGGCCAGAUGCUUGCCAGUCGGAUGGGGCCAGAUAGAUGCUUGCCAGCCGUAGUGUAGAGUGGUGGUGCGCGUUUGAUCGUUCGUUGAUCGUUCGACCGUGCGUUUGGCAAAGGGGACUCGGAAACUUUGCAGAACUUGGAGCCGAUCGAUCGAUACCAUUGCAAAAAAAAACCAACAUGUUAGCAUCCAAAGGCAAACCUUUCUCGUUCGAUCAGACUGAACUGAAUCCAUCCAGGAAUAAGCCGUCUAUUCGACGCACGGUCAUGGAUGUGAUAGUAUUUCUGCUAACGUCGUUAGGAUACAUAUUACAGGCAUUUUACUAUCAAAUAUUCGGCGUACCAAAGAAAGACUUGAAUGGAGAGAUAGCAUUAGUGACUGGCGGAGGAGGUGGUCUUGGUCGGUUGUUAGCACUUCGGCUCAUCAAGCUUGGCGCCAAGGUUGUGCUGUGGGAUAUAAAUCAGGAAGGGCUAGAUGACUCGGUAAAGCUGAUCCAAUCUCUAGGAGGUCUCUGCAAAGGUUAUAAAGUGGACAUUUCGAACAAGGAAGAGGUGUACAAGUAUGCAAAAAUCAUACAGGAAGACAUUGGUGAUGUAACGUUACUAUUCAACAAUGCUGGAGUCGUGUCUGGACGUGCCCUUUUAGACACACCGGAUCAUUUGAUAGAGCGAUCGUUCAGCGUCAAUGUACUUGCACAUUUCUGGACGACAAAGGCAUUUCUACCGGCUAUGUUGAAAAACGAUCAUGGACACAUUAUAACCAUCGCUUCUCUGGCCGGCCAUGUCGGUAUAUCGAAGCUGGUCGAUUAUUGUUCCAGUAAGUUUGCUGCGGUUGGCUUUGACGAGGCACUGCGGUUGGAACUUGAGCAUCUACGAGCUCAAGGGGUAUUUACGACAGUGAUUUGCCCAUAUUUUAUCCAAUCGACCGGAAUGUUUGACGAUGUAAACUCCAGAUGGGUUCCUACACUGGAUUCCAAUGAUGUAGCAGAUAAAAUAAUUGAAGGUGUUCAGAAAAAUGAGAAAUACGUAAUAAUUCCAGGAUAUUUGCGCCUAAUGUUGGCUAUCAAAUGGGUAUUUCCUUGGGGAUGUAAUUCCGGAUUUUUGAGACGAUUGGUGCCAGACGCUGCUCCGCAACAUAGUAUGACAACGUUUAGCAAUGCGGAAUGCGAUACCACAAAGGAGAUGGCAAAUACAUUUGCCAGUGAUAAUAAUAAUACUACUAAAUCGUCGCCCCUGCUCGUCCACAGACAAUGCACUGGCGAACGUGUGUUAUAAGCGAUCGGACCGUACGCAGUUCGUUAGAGU